AUGACCGAACCACGAAACGGUGCCGGGCUUGGGCGUCUCCUGUUAUUUGGCGCCCAUAAAUGGAUGAUGGUACAAAGAGGAACGCGCAUAGGACCGCUGCCUGGGGGUCGCCGGGGCGCGUCUGGAGCUGGCGUUGGAAGCGGCAGCAUGCGGGCCGCCAGCCGAGCGCGAGGAGCUGUACGAUCACCUAGCAGCCCUCCGCAUCCAUCUUCCCUACCAGAAGGCUUGGUGUCGGCUGGGUCUUCUCGGACUCAGCAAGCGGCACCCGCCGCUGGUGUAGCACGUCGCAUGCGUCGGUUACAAACAAUGAACGCAAACGCACUGCGGACGUACUUUAGGGCAAAAGGGGAAGAAACCGGAUGUUUGGCAUAUCGGGCUCGGAUGCAUCGCUUUUUUGCAGAGCUGGAGCCACCUCUAUCCGUCACUGAGCAAAACCUGGCUGACCGAGUUCGGUACAACCUGCGCUCCAACAUAUUUGGUGACGCCGAACUCGAACGACUACGAUGUGAGGCUGUUCCCUCAUCGGAUGGAAAUGCUACGGCUGGGAAUGCGACGCCACUAAUUGCGCAGUAA